AUGCCCAGAAACUAUCGUAUUGUCAUUGGGGCUUUCGCAGCGAUUAUGCUGCUUUUGUUGAUUAGAUCCUCAACUACAGUGAAACCAGCACUUGACAUUGUCAAAACUGCUUCACAGGAUAUUUCUGCGUCAGAAGAAGUUGACAUAUUGCCAGUAAAUGAAAGACCAGGUUAUAUUGAUGAUGCGAAGACUGAAGAGGGCAAUUCAGACGUAGCUCAGGCUGUUAAGGCACAGGAUACAUCAUUGGGAUCUACUUAUUCCACAGGUUUUGAAUGUAACAAAGAUCACCAGUACGUGAUUAUGAUCGAUGCUGGUUCUACCGGAUCCAGAGUUCACGUAUAUGAAUUUGACGUUUGUACAGAACCGCCAACUUUGAUAAACGAAACUUUCAAGAUGUUGAAGCCUGGAUUAUCAUCAUUUAAUACUGAUUCAGCUGGGGCUGCUCGCUCAUUGGAUCCAUUAUUAGAACGUGCAUUGGAAGUGGUUCCUGAAAAGAAGAGAAGUUGUACGCCAGUAUCUGUUAAGGCGACUGCAGGUUUAAGAUUGCUAGGUGUGAACAAGUCUGACAAGAUUUUAGCAGCUGUGCGUGAACAUUUGGAACAAGAUUACCCAUUCCCUGUCGUCGAUGGUAAAGGUGUUUCCAUCAUGAGUGGUGAAGAGGAAGGUGUUUUCGCAUGGGUUACAACCAACUACUUGUUAGGUAAUAUCGGAGGUAGUCAGAGAACUUCUACGGCAGCCGUGUUUGAUCUUGGUGGUGGUUCCACUCAGAUCGUAUUCGAACCAACUUUUCCACCCAAUGAGAAAAUGUUAGAGGGUGAACACAAGUACGAACUAAAAUUUGGUGACGAAGUUUACACUCUAUACCAAUUCUCUCACUUGGGAUAUGGUCUCAUGGAAGGUAGAAAUAAGAUCAAUGCUCAGCUAGUGGAGACUGCUAUCAAAGAAGGUGUCAUUCCUAAAGGUGACACUAAAUCGGUUCACGAAUUGAUAUCCCCUUGUUUACCACCAAAGGCUCAAGUGAACAACCAGAAAGUUACAUUGGCUAAUGAAGAUACGUAUUUGGUCAAUUUCUCAGGCCCUGUAAUUCCAACUGGCGCUCAAUGCAGAUUUUUGGCUGAUAAGGUUCUAAACAAAGAUGCUAAAUGUACAAAACCACCAUGUUCCUUCAACGGUGUACAUCAACCUUCCUUGGUGCGUACUUUCAAGGAAACCAACGACCUCUACGUGUUUUCUUAUUUCUACGACAAGACCCAACCCUUGGGAUUACCGCUAUCCUUUAAACUUGAUGAAUUGGUUGAAUUGGCAAAGAUGGUUUGCAACGGUGAAGAAGUGUGGAAGAGUGUCUUUAGUGGCAUUGAGGGUUCCGUAAAGGAAUUGAAAAAGGAACCACAAUGGUGCCAAGAUUUAUCAUUCCAAGUAUCUCUACUUCACACAGGUUAUGAUAUUCCAUUGCACAGGGAAGUAAAGACUGCCAAGACUAUUGCCGAUAACGAACUUGGUUGGUGCCUUGGUGCCUCAUUACCAUUGAUCAAUUCUGACCAAUGGAACUGCAGAUUGGACCAACUGGGCUAA